AGCUCCGCCCGUCUCUUCCGGAUAGGGCCAUAUCAGCACGUUUUAUUUAUUGUAGGGUACAUUUUUGUAAUUUCGUGUCAGUGAUGUGCCAUAUUUUAUAACUGUGACAUUAUAAUACUUUGUUUAUCUAACGGUCGUCAGUUUCAUGUAGCUUGUAAAGACUCUUACUGAACAAAGUGAGCAUCAGUUUUCCGUCAUGGAGGAGGGGAUAGUGGAGACUCCAGAGGAGCUGCUGGCAAAGCAGCACCGCAAAGAAAAGAAAGAUCUGCAAGCUAAAAUCCAGAGCAUGAAAAAUGCAGUCCCCAAAAACGAUAAGAAAAGGAGGAAACAGUUGACAGAGGAGAUUGCCAAGCUGGAGGCUGAUCUCAGUCAAAAACACGAGGAGGAAUUCAGACAGCUGAAAUCUACAGAUAACACAAAGGUGGAAGAGGUGAUAAAUGGAGUUGAGACGAUGAAGAUGGAGGGUGGAGAACAAGAAGAUGUCAAACAGCCACGAAUAACCAAGGCCCAGAAGAGAAGGGACAAGAAGGCUGCCCAGGAGAAGGAGCGGGAGAGCAGGAUAGCAGAGGCUGAGGUGCAGAACCUGCAGGGUGUGAGGCACCAGGAGGGAUUGAAGCUGGCUCAGAAACUUGCUCAGCAACAGCUUCAGAUCAAGGAGAUCUCCUCUGAUGGCCACUGCAUGUACCGUGCCAUUGAAGAUCAGCUGGCACAGCGAUCAAAGCCUGAGUUAACCAUGAGUGUGAAAGAACUGCGGACCCGUACUGCUGAGCACAUGAGAAGCCAUGCUGAUGACUUCCUGCCCUUCCUCACCAACCCCAACACUGGUGACAUGUACACAACAGAUGAGUUUGAGAAAUACUGCAGUGAAGUGGAGCACACAGCAGCUUGGGGUGGACAACUGGAACUGCGAGCACUGACUGAAGUUCUCCGCUUGCCAAUAGAAGUGAUCCAGGCUGACUCACCAACUAUAAAAAUUGGGGAGGAAUAUGAUAGUGAACCUAUCACCCUUGUCUACAUGCGUCAUGCCUAUGGCCUAGGAGAGCACUACAAUUCUGUGGAGCGGCUAAAGGACCCAGCCAAUGUGGAGGACAGCUGAGAGACAGCUCGGUCUUAGUGUGACAUAAACCAAUUUGUGCAAUGCAGUGUGUGUUCAAACCACUCACACCAAGGGGCCCUAAAUACCAAACACAUUUGAAAGGGUGGAUUGUGCUAAUGGAAAAAUAGCAUAGAAAGGACAUUAAUGUGUUAGUGAUUUUACAUUGGACACUCUUGUUCCACCCCAGUGACCCCCAUGGUGCCCCUGCUUUUGGGAAGAAGUGGUGUAACAUACUUUUUAAGCAUAUCCAGCUGGGCAGGUGCACAUGGAAGAGCUGCGCAUGUCACUGAAACAAAUGUUAACAGAGUCCUGACAGAUUGUUGAACCUUUGCAGUGUUGGAAAGAACUGAGUUGUGAAACCUGCAAAUCAUAUCAAUGUUACAUAAACACAUAAAAUACUAAUGAGACUGAGUUGUGUAACUGCC